UUUUUUAUGUCGGGAAAGUACUAGCCUCUUUUCUCUCAGCCGGAAGCAUUGAGUUGACUCACUCGUGACUCGAAAACCGGAGUAAGAAAUGGCGAGGAGGCGGGAACACCGAGGGCAGUCGAGUCAAGACCGGCGCAAUGAGCGAGUUGAAUCGGAAACUCGGGAAAAGAAACUCAGCGAUGUAGACGCUUCGGAGCGUAAGCUCAUCGGUAUUUUCGUAGUCUUCUUCAUAGUAAUUCCGGCAGUGUCUGUUCUCGUAUACGUCUACAAAUAUGGUUCAGGAGCGAAACCUUUGGAACCGGUCGUAACCGAACGAGGACUCAUCAAAACAGAUAUUAGUUUCCAGGAUAUCCUCACUGAGAAUUCGAAGAUAGCUGGAAAUGAAUCAGUAAGGAAUUAUAAUUAUCCAGUAUUGGCUUACAUUACCACAUGGAAUUCGAAGGGUUAUGAAAUGGCAAAGAGGUUUAAUUCUAAAUUCACCCACUUAUCACCCGUUUGGUAUGAUUUGAGAAGCCAUGGGAGCAGCUUGAUUCUGGAAGGGAGACAUAAUGCUGAUAAAGGAUGGAUUUCAGAUCUUAGAAUGAGAGGAGAUGCUUUGGUAUUACCUAGAAUAGUUUUGGAAGCAUAUCCUACGGAGCUGUUCAAAAAGAAGAAAUUGAGGAAUAAAGCUAUUGAUCUCAUAGUAACUGAGUGCAAAGAAAUGGAGUAUGAUGGUAUUGUGCUAGAGUCUUGGUCAAGAUGGGCUGCAUAUGGUAUCUUGCGUGAUCCAGACUUGAGGAAUAAGGCCAUCACGUUUAUAAAACAACUUGGACAUGCACUGCAUUCUGUGAAAUCUACCAGGAAUCCUGAGCAGCAAUUGCAGUUGAUAUACGUUAUAGGCCCACCACGUUCAGAUGCACUCCAGCAGCAUGAUUUUGGACCAGAAGAUCGUCAGAGCUUGAGUGGUGCUGUGGAUGGUUUUUCACUCAUGACGUAUGACUUCUCGAGUCCUAAUAAUCCUGGUCCAAAUGCUCCUAUCAAGUGGAUACGCUUUACCUUGCGCUUGCUUCUUGGUUCCACGGGUAACAAUGCUAAGAUAUUGGCUCCAAAGAUAUUUCUUGGCAUCAAUUUUUACGGCAAUGAUUUUGUCCUUUCAGAAGGUUCUGGUGGGGGUGGAGCAAUCCUUGGUAGAGAUUACCUCUCAUUGUUGGAAAAGCACAGACCCGUACUACAAUGGGAAAAGAACACCGGAGAGCAUUUUUUUGUGUAUUCCGAUGAUGACAAUGCCAAACACGUGGUGUUCUACCCGUCAUUGAUGUCAAUUCAUUUGCGGCUAGAGGAAGCUCUAUUCUGGGGAACCGGCAUUUCGAUAUGGGAAAUUGGGCAAGGUUUGGAUCACUUUUUUUAUCUUCUAUAAUCAUUCCACUUCUGUUGAAACAUAUAAUUUUGGGGCUUUCCCUUUCUGCUGGAAGAAUUUCGGGUUUUAUGCCAUAUGCAACGAAGAGUAAGGUCUGAGCUGAAAUAAGAUUUUCAAG